AUGUAUCUUGUAGAGAGCCUUACUGAAAACGAGGUUGGACCAGACACUGGAACUUCAAAUGCAGAAUCAUCUCAGCCCCCUGAUUUGAGGAUCAUUUUGGUGGGUAAAACUGGAUCAGGGAAGAGUUCAACAGGAAACACCAUCCUUGGUACAGAGGUUUUUAAAACAGAACUUUCACCCACAUCUGUGACUGAGCACUGUCAGAAAGAACAGAGAGAAAUCAAAGGAGGAAUCGUCUCAGUGAUUGACACUCCUGGAAUAUUUGAUACUUCACUAAGUGAGAAUGAAAUGAAAGAUGAAAUUGACAGGUGUAUUAAGAUGUCAGUCCCUGGACCCCAUGUGUUUCUCGUGGUUAUCAGGUUAGAUGUAAGAUUUACAGAGGAGGAGAAGAAGUCUGUAGAGUGGAUUAAGCAGAACUUUGGUGAAGAAGCAUCAGAUUAUAUCAUCAUACUAUUCACCCAUGCUGAUCAGCUGAAGACUAAAAAAGUGGAUGAUUGGAUAAGAGAAAGUAAGGAUCUCAGUGAAUUCUUGUUGGGCUUUGGGAACAGAUAUUGUGCAUUCAGUAAUGUGGAAGAAUCAGAUAAGUCACAGGUCACAGACCUACUGGAGAAGAUAGAUGCCAUGCUGGAGUGCAAUGGAGGGAGGUUUUAUACUAAUGAGACCUACAGAAAAAUCCAGGCAGAAUUGGAGAGUAGGAGAAAGAUGGAAAAGGCAGAAUUGGAGAGUAAGAGAAGAAUGGAGAAGGCUAAGGAUGUUGCAUUAGGUGUGGCAUCAGCAGUAGGGACAGGAACAGUCAUAGCAGGAGGAGUAGUUUUGGGUGUGGCUGAGGCGGUGGUGGUGUUACCAGCUGUGGGGAUUGCAGCAGGAGCUGCACUUGCAGCAGGAGCUGCACUUGCAGCAGGAGCAGGUGUAUCGCUGAUUGUGAAAAAGAGGACCUAA